AUGUAUCCUGUGGAUGGGCGACCAGCGCACUCCGUACCAGGCUCAUCGAAGCUGGUGACGCCCAAUGAGCCUGUAGGACCAGUCUUCCGGCCAGUGUCCACACCGGCAUGGGUCAAUCCUUCGCCGGCAGGACGGAAGGAAGAGAAGAACUCAGAAGUGGAAGCUGAGCGCCUCUGGUGGUCGGAUGCUUGCGAGCGGCAGAUGAAGGAUCUCCAGAGCGCGUUCAGCACGGAGUUCAGCCGUCUCGCGGACCGCCUCACCCGGGACAUCGCCGGCUGCGAGCAGAAGUUGGAGCAGCUCGUGGCCAACGAGAGCAACCAGAGGGCCCAUGCGCUGGCGGAGAUCCGGCGUGAGUCCGACAGCCAGGGCACCGAACUCUCGGAGCUCAUCCGGUCGCAGCAAGAUUUCAAAGACCAGCUGAACUCCCUGCAGGCCUCAUUGUGGCUUCGCUCCGGAGCCGAGGCAGACCUGGAGCAGCUCCAGAAGGAGGUGCAGGAGACCCGGGACUCUCUCCAGGCCCUCCAGUCGAGGCCCAUCAUCGCAGAGGUGCCGGCGGACGCCAGCCCGAGCCAGAAGGUUCAGCAGCUGGAAGCAAGCCUCGUCGACCUCCGCCGUGACAUGGUGGCCUGUGUCGACUCCCAGGAGCAGGCGGAGAAGCUGCUUCAGUCUCUGCAGAGAGAUUGCUCCGAGGUGCAGGAGAAGGUUCGCCUCCAGAGCCAGGCGAGCGAGGAGCAGCGCUCCCUGCACCAGGUCAUCUCGAAGAGCGCCGGGGAUCUCGGCCGCGGAAUCGAGGAGGUGUCGACUGCGAUGAUGCAGGCAGAGAGCAACCUGCGACAGGAGAUCCAGAAGGCGGACGGUGAGCUGCGGGCGGAGCUUGUGGAGGAGAUGGAGGCCCGCUUCAAGCAGUUUGCCCAGAGCCUGACGGACGAGCGCGACUCACGGCUUCGUGAGUCCGGAAUUCUCAAGACACGCGUCGACUCGGUGUACAACAGACUGGAGCAGAUGGAGCCCAGCGGCACAUCGCAGGAGAUGAGUGAGACCAAGAUGUCCGUGCAGGAAACGAAGAGCGAGCUCGCGCAGCUGCAGUCCGCCCUAGGGCUGCUGGCAGCGGAGUGCCGGAGGACGGCCGCCGGAUCGCCCACAGCAGCAAAGGAUAGCGAAAUCCAGCAAGUCUCCGAUGCAGCCUUGCGGCUGCGUGUGGAGGCCUUGGAGGUGCAAGCAGACAGCCAGGUGCCACGCUCGCUGCAGCUGGAAUCACAGGUGAAGGACCUGCGUGGUGCGAUGGCGCCCAUGGGCAACCGCGUUCAGGCUCUGGAGGCCGAGCUGCGCAAGUGGGACCGGGACACCACCACGGCGCGGCUCAACGCCGCCGAGGCGGAGAUCACCCGACUUGGGCGGGACAACACCGCCAUAGAAGGCCUGAGGGUGGACGUGGAGGUGUUGAAGCGCAAGCUCGUCCGGGAACCGACGGCGUCCGAGCGGUUGCCGCGGCUCGUGACCCGCCGAUUGAUCUCCGAGGAUCUGCGGAACAGAGUUGGCCUGCUGGUGAGCAAUGUCCACGACACCGUGGCCCGGACCUUGCCUGGCGACGUUGAGGGGACCGUGAAUUCCGACAGCACAGUGUCGGCUCCUUCCGGUGGGGCGAGGUCCGGGGAGGCGGAGAUGGAGCAGUUGGCCCAGCUCCUGCAGGGCGAGGAGGACGUGGCAGGGAACAAGCAGCUCAUUGCUGCGAUCCAGGCCCUGAGGGAGAAGAACUCUGAGCUCCAUGAGAAGAACGCCGAGCUGGCGCAGGAAGCGCUGGUGCGCGACAGCGUGCAGCAUGUGCAGCUUCCCCGCGCCACCUGGCAGCCCGGAGAGCCACAGCUCCACACCUACAGGUCGGCAAUGCCCGAUCCUAUGAAUCCUGUGGCGGUGGUUCAAGGAGGCACAGUUCAGGUUCCUCCAAAUCGGGAAGUGCUUGGUGCUGGUGGCUCCGUUUUGAUGAUGCCGGGAGGCUCCUGCGUGUCGGGUACAAUGCCGGCUUCGGGCAUGGUGCAUUCAGGUUCGGUCCUCGUGUCUCGAGGAUCCGUCCAGGUCGGUCCAACUGGCGUUCCGCGCACAAACUCGCCACGGAGGGAGGCGUCCAAAGAAAACGCAGGUGGUGUGGUGCGAUCUUUGACGCCUGUGGCGGGCUUCACAGAUCAAGCGCAACACGUGCGGGGAGCUUCGCCCGAGCGCCGGGCCACCGUCGUCGUGACGGGCGUGCCGCCAGGCGCGAUGGCUGUUCAACAGCCGAUGCCUGGCUGGCGUGCAAAGCACACCUAA